AUGGCAACUAGCGGAUGCCACAACAUGCGGUUGGCGGUUGUGCCGGCCGCUAGCACACUCCUGGCGCUGGAAUGGCAGCAAAUGGAUUUAGAGUAUUCAUUCUGGCAAAUGCUCCAUCCUUGCACCUCCCCUAAAGUUGUCUAUCAGCACACAAAGUACCAUAAACAAACAAAGAAUCAGUGGGCUAGGGAUGAACCUGCUUUUGUUGUGAUCUUCUGUAUAUUAUUGAUAGUUGCUACUUCAGCUUAUUGUGCUGCGUAUGGUGAGAAUUUGAUUAAUUCUGUCUUCACCGUUAUUUCAGUUGCUUUCUUCGAUUUCUUGUUAUCGGGAAUUAUUUUGGCGACGUGUUGUUGGUUUCUGACUAAUACAUACAUGCACGAAGUGGCAACAAGCAGUCAUGUUGUAGAACAACGGGUUGAAUGUUUAAUGAAUUCCCUUUUGCAAUCUAGAUUAGCAAAGGACCUGUACAUGCAAACAUGGGAUGUUAUGCCAAUUGCUAAGGAUUUAAAUUUUGGGUGCAUUGUAAUAAAGGUUCAAAGUUUUGGCCAUAGAUCUGAAAAUAUUGUUUCCAAACAGUUCUUCCGUCAGGUGCUGAUUGCUUUGAGAAGGAGGCGAUGA